GCUCGUCUUCCCGUCAUGCCUCUGGUUCCGGAAGCGCUCUGGCUGUGAUGGGCCGUGUUGGUGGUAGCUCGGGAUGAGCGGAGCCUGGAACCGACAUGGAGGAGGAGGCGGCGGCGGAGGAUGAAAGUAUGGAGGCCGAGGACCCGAACCACAACAACUGGCAGCGGGGCCCCCACAGCUCUGAAGCCCAGGGCCACAGGAAGCCCCAAGCGCAGCAGCAACGCGACAACGGCACCGGGAGAGCCCUGCUGGGGAUCAGUGGCAGCGCCUCCAAAUUCCUAAUGAAUGUGAUCACCGUGGAUGACUACAGGAGCACAUACUGGCCCAAACUGGAGAGCGCCAUAGAUCAGCUCUUAACGCAGAGUCCGGGUGACUACAUCCCCAUAUCCUACGAGCAGAUAUACAGCUGCGUGUAUAAGUGCGUGUGUCAGCAGCACUCGGAGCAGAUGUACGCGGAUCUCAUGCGCAAGAUAGCCUCGCAUUUGGAGAGGGUGUCUCAGGACUUACAGGCGUGUUCUCCUGCUCAGUAUAUUGAGAAGUUUAACCUGGCCCUGGGGCAGUAUAUGGGGGCCCUCCACAGCAUCGUGCCCCUCUUCAUCUACAUGAAUAAAUUUUACAUAGAAACCAAGCUUAACAGGGACCUGAAAGACGACCUCAUCCGGCUCUUCACGGACCACGUGGCGGAGAAGCACAUUUACAGCCUCAUGCCUUUGUUGAUAGAAGCUCAGUCGACCCCCUUCCAGAUAACUCCAUCCACCAUGGCGAGCAUCGUGAAAGGCCUGUACACGCUGAGACCAGAGUGGGUCCAGUUGGCGCCGACAUUAUUUUCGAAAUUCAUCCCCAACAUCCUGCCGCCGGCCGUCGAGUCGGAGCUCCAGCAGUACGCCGCGCAGGACCAGAAGCUGCAGCAGGAGCUGGCAGACAACGGAUUCACCAGGGGUAACCAGUCCCGGAAGCGAGCAGGAGACGAGCUGGCGUACAGUGAAUGCCGCCUCUUCAUGCAGCGGCUCCCAGGGGUACAGAUAAGACCCCCGAAGCCCCACCGCAUGGCCGAGUGCGUCCCGUAUGAAACGUGCGGAGUGCCGCGUCUCCUGACAGAUCACCGGCUGAGCGUCCUCCUGGAUUUAUUUUUAAAUGAAACUUGAACUCUUGCUGCUAAACUCGGGGAAUUACGGGGCAGAAGAUUUCCAGCGGCGUUUCUUUGCUGCCCAUCUUCUGGCUUGGAUGCCCCCCAUGCAUAAACUGAACACAGCAAUACCCCGGGCCGGCCCUCCAGCCAGCGGGGGGGGGGGCGCACGUCCGAUUCCUCGCUGGUUUUUGUCCCACCGACGGGUGGCACGGUCCUGGAAACCUCCUGGUAUAACAGAGUUAUUGGAGAUUUGUCUGACGUGGCUCAUAGUUAUUCUCAAACUCCCAUUUUUUUUUUUGCUUUAUAUAAAAAUGGUUUAAAAACACACAAAAAAAGCCCAAACCCGCACGUCAUAUACUGCGUUUGCUGGAGGAGGAGGGAUUCUGUAACCGUAAAGAAACGCAGCUCUUAUCCUCGUCUGAACGUCUCGUACUUCAUUCCCUCGAACUAAACGGCGCGUUCGGGCUUCGGAGGGUCAGGGGUCGAUGCGUUCCACAUUUUCAAGCUUCUGUUUCCUUAUUUAGGACCGAAAUUAAAGUUCUUAAAUGUUA